GGGAGGCAAUAAUACAAUCAAAAUACAUGAGAACAGGGAGUGAACACGAAGGUAUUCAGUCACUUAGUUCAGACUCCAUUUUAACUCGACGAAGAAGGAGGAAGAAAACUGAGGACUGAGGCAGGAUAUCAUCUGACCACUUCGUUCAACAGCUGCCGUCCGUCAUGUUGCCGAUAAUCAAGGAGGAAUUAAAGCUCCUCUUUUGGGUGUCAAGCAAUACAGGAGCAGAUGGGGAGAAUAAGAGAGAAAAUAAGAGAAAGGGUGAUGGAGCUGAGAGAGGAAGAGCAGGUUCUGGUCCAUCAGGAACUGCAGACGUCCCAGCAGGGACUCUGAAUAUCCCUGCAAGGACUCCAGAUGACCCAGCAAAGACUCCAAAUGUCCAAGUAUGGACUCCCAGUCCAUCCUGGAAGAAUGUCCCAGCAGACGAUGUACUGAUGUCUAUUCGAAAAGAGUUUAUCGAGAGAGUGUCUGAACCUGUUCUAGAUAAGCUGCUGGAUAACCUCCUGCCGUGGAGGGUGAUAACUGAUUCUGAGGUGGAGUCUGUUAAAGGACUGAGCAGGGGGAAAAAAGCUCGAGAGGUGAUUGACAUGGUGCGAAUAAAAGGACCAAGAGCCAGUUCAGCUCUGCUUGUUGCUCUCUGUAAAGAGGAUCCAUGCGUUUCAACAGAGCUGAAAUUAAUGUGAAGCAGAAAAACGUCAGGGUGUUUCUGUCUAGGCCUGCCCGCUAAAAGCCAACAAUUCACUGCAUCAGUGAGGAGGAACCUUAACUGACUCACAGAAUGUCAGUCGAUGGUAAAAGCUGCCUCACAGUUCAUACACAGAGCACUGCAGAGGCAACAGUGCAACUGGCUGUAAACUUCAUAACAAAGUCUUGUCUUAAAAUGGCCGAACCACAGAACUGUGAAGCAGAGUGACUCAUUUCUUUUGGCAGCUUCAGCGUCAGGUAAGUUCUGCCUGCCGAGAGCUGCAGAACCAUCGCAGGACUUCAUUUUGUGCCUUGAAGUGAAAGAACAGAAAGGCAACGGAUGGAAAAUGUUCAUUAUUUCAGGAAGGAAACCUGCCUCUUAACUCGGGAAGGAAAUAGCUGUUCGCUCCAGUGAUCUGCUCAGAUAAAUGCAUUCAUUCAUUUAGGAAUGUAAACAUUUGUCAGGCUCGAUAGCUGAUAGAGGAAAUCAAUCAGUAAUAUUAAUUAAAUUGUUUUGUUUCAUUUGUUUGAGUGUUUGUAUUAAAUUCCCAUAUAUAAUCUGUCUUGA